AUGACUCCGGGUCCAUGUCCAACACCCAUCCGGACUUCUCUGGUGUCCACAGGACUGUCGAUCGCGAUGGCAACGGGAUGGGGAUCCCGCCUGGCCCUUCGGCCCCCGUCUACCUCAUUCAGCGAAGGUUGCGCAUUCAUGACGACUAACAUCAUAAACCACCAGCGCGCCAAUCCACCGCUCGACAUGUCCCGCAUGGAAGUAUACCCAGUAAACUUUGCAACCUCGGAACAAUCAAUACCGGGAGGCUCCGACUAUGAGUGGUUCCCGAAUAACUCGCUUUCGGAAGUCAACUACAUGGAGGGCUUAGGAAGCACUCAGGACACUGGCAUGACGUAUGGCGGAUAUCAAGGGACAAUGUUCAACACCAUGAACCUCGAUAACAACAACAACGCCCUACACUUCACAACAUCGCCGCACGGUUCCUUUGUCAACAACAAUACUCAUGCCGUCCAUGGAACGCAUUCCCCUAUGUUCGUGGGUACCCCGAACUACGGUCAUGCCGAUGUCUUUGCGCAACCCCCCGACUUUGGCCUCAGUUUUAAUCUCGCGCUCAACCCGGCUUCGGCAAUACGGUCGAGCACGAUGCCCAACAUCACACCUCUACUGACUCCACCCAUCACCACCGCCGCCACCCCCAUGACGAUAGCCGACAAUGACCACAACUAUGGCCACGGCCACGAAGCUGACUACGACCACGACACAAAUCACGAUACCCCAGCCCCAAAGCUUCCAGGACAAGAAGCAAGCGCAAGCACGAGCGCAAGCAGACGCAAAGAGAAAAACCAAGCACGGGUCUACAGGACUUCCUACGAUAACCAUGUCUCCCACCGCUACACCUGUCACCCUUGCCGCUUUUCCACGGAUGUUAAGCGGGACUUUGCUCGUCAUAAAGAGACCAAGAAGCACAAGACAAAAUCC